GCAGAUAAGUGGUCAGAGAAAAAUUCCCUGCCUCCCGGCCAGGUCUCCUGCUAAGGAAGGUCAGGUUAAGGUCUCCAGCCCAGGAUGGGGAGGCGGGAGGUAGCGGGGAGACCCGGAAGGACCCAGAGUAGGCCUCCGCUGAUCCUGGGGUCCGAAGGUUUGGCGUGGAGGAGCCUGGAGGCAAGGCCUGGGCUUCUGGGUCACUGAGGCACCUCUGGGCUCUGCUCACCUCCUCUCUCUGCCCGUCACACUUGGGACCACCAGGAAACGGCCCUCCUUCCCUCCCUGCAGCCUUCCUGAGGGAAUAACUUGCUUAGACUCAGGGGUGGGGGUGUUGCCUCUUGGUCCCGGCUAGGCAGGUGACCCCAGGCAAGUCUGCCUGCUCGAGCCUCCAUUUCCUACUUUGUUAAAGCUGUGGCAAGAUGAAAGGCACCAAGAAUCAGGUGUCGUGCUCAGUAAUCAAGAGGGUGCCCAUGGGCCUGACUGCUGGUUCUCAUCACGGCCUGUGUCCCUGGCCUUCCGGGUGCCCUUUGCUUUGCCCACUCAGCCACGCCCUCUCCUCCUCCCCCGCGCCCUCCUCCCUAUGUGCCAGCCUCCUGUCGCAGGCGCUGCUGCUCUGGGGGCAGGGCUGUCCCCGCAAGCCCUUGGACUGGCCCGCUCGCUGGGGACGAGAGCCAGGCUCCGCCCGGUGGCACCUUGGAGCUGGCAGCCCCCAGAGCUCUAUUGGUAAGGCCACUGUGAACAGAAAGUGAGGAAAACAAGGCCCAGAGUGGGUGGACACCGCCCCCUACCCACAGCCUCCUUAUGGCUGAUUUGGGGGCUGGAGCCAGAACUGGCUGCCACCCACUGGAACCGCUGGGGUCCCAUCUCACCCCAGCUGAGGGGUGGGGUAGAGUCGGGGGCCGCCUCCCCCCUCGCUCGUGUCCAGGAUUCCAGGGAUGGAAUUAACUUCUGGUGCCCCUGCCGGUGGGGUGGUGGCAGUUGGGAGCCAGACCUUUGGGGGCAGGUGCCCGAGGACACGGCACUGUCCCUUUUGCUUGAGGGUCACGGUCGGGGGUGUGACGUGCCCUUGAGCCCAGGCAGAGGAGAGCAGCGGGGACAGGACCUGACGGCCUGGUACAGCGCCCAGAGGGGCCUUGGUUCCUACUGUUUGCCGCUCUGUUUACAGACAAGCCGCUGUCCUCCCUGGGCGAGGGGAAGGGGUGGGGCAGACGGCGAGUGCCAAGGUGGCACGAGGCUGGGCAUGUGCCUGGUCACGGAUAGUGUCUGAGGAGUGUCUCACACCUGGAGGUGUCACUCUGAGGACCCCCGCCGCCACCGGAGCAUCUUGAUCUCUUCUGAAGCUGACCUCUGACCUGGGGGCAGCCAGAAUCCGGGUACCCCCCCAGCCCCGCCCUGGGCCCAGAGUCCCCCAUCAGUGAGUCUUGGCUCUGCUUAUAGCAUCUGACGGCAGAGGGGCUGAAAAUAGCCCCUGAGAGAGGGGGAGGAGGGGGCUAUUUAAAGGGCCUGGGAGGAGGAGAGCCCAGAGGGAGUGAGCAGUCAUCAUGGCCACUUCAGAGCUGAGCUGCCAGCUGGCGGAGGAGAACUGUGAGCGCCGAGAGGCCUUCUGGGCUGAGUGGAAGGAUCUGACGCUGUCCACACGGCCUGAGGAGGGUUGCUCCCUGCAUGAAGAGGAUGCCCAGCGGCACGAGACCUACCACCGGCAGGGGCAGUGCCAGGCGCUGGUGCAGCGUUCCCCCUGGCUGGUGAUGCGGAUGGGCAUCCUCGGCCGUGGGCUGCAGGAGUACCAGCUGCCCUACCAGCGGGUGCUGCCCCUGCCCAUCUUCACCCCCGCCAAGGUGGGCGCCGCCAAGGAGGAGCGCGAGGAGACCCCCAUCCAGCUGCGGGAGCUGCUGGCCCUGGAAACCGCCCUGGGAGGCCAGUGCGUGGACCGCCAGGACGUGGCCGAGAUCACCAAGCAGCUGCCUCCCGUGGUGCCCGUCAGCAAGCCCGGCACCCUUCGUCGCUCCCUGUCUCGCUCCAUGUCUCAGGAGGCACAGAGGGGCUGAGAGGGACGGUGACUUGGGCUCCACUGUGCCUGCCCUGGGCUGGGCCCUUCCUGGCUAGGACCAUGGAGGGGAGCUGCUGGUCACGGAUGCUUCGUAGUUUGCCCAGAGUUGGGGGCUAGGGGAGGAGGGAGCCAGAGGCCAGGAGGCCUGGAUCUCCUGAGUUCCCGGAGGGAGGGGAGCGGACGAUGGGCACAAAAGGUGAAGAGCUGGGGGCCAGCACAGCCAAGUACCCCCAGUCCCAGGAGGAAGGGCAGGAGAAGCUGAUGAGGGCAAGAGGUCCCUGAGAGGAGUGACCCCAGUCCAGAUUUCAGCUUCAGAGAAGGAUGAAGAAAAACUGUAAGAGGAUCUGGAGUGCUCUGGGAAGGAGACUGGAGGGAGGGGGACGUGAACAGGGCAGAGGCAGGGUGGAGCCCCCAGCACCCUCUGUUAGUGCUGCAAUAAACG